AUGCACUUUUUACUGUGGAAAUUCAGAACUUUCUUUUUAAAUUGCUUUUCCUCGGUGAGAAUGGCAAGGAUUCGGAUUCCUAGCACAAUCGUUAUACUUUUUGUUACGGUUCAGACUGGAUUCUUACUCUUCAUGUAUGCCCGCUACAGUAGCUUCAUGCCUCAGUCUGAGGAGAAACCAUCGCAAGUCCACAUCCUCAUUCUCUCCUCCUGGCGAUCAGGAUCUUCUUUUGUCGGUCAGCUGUUCAGCCAGCACCCCAAUGUCUUCUACCUGAUGGAGCCCGCGUGGCACGUGUGGGUUAAGAUGUACCAGAACAGUGCCCAGGUCUUGCACAUGGCAGUGCGGGACCUGGUCAGGUCGGUCUUUCUGUGUGACAUGUCUGUGUUUGAUGCUUACAUGCCUUGGAAGAGAAACUUGUCUGAUCUUUUCCAGUGGGCAGUGAGUCGGGCUCUGUGUUCAGCUCCCGCUUGUGACUCCUUUCAGCGUACUGACAUCACCAGUGAGAUGGCGUGCAAGACUCUUUGCGGACGAUACCCAUUCAGCAAGGUGGAGGAAGCCUGUAAGACGUAUAGCCAUGUUGUCAUCAAGGAGGUUCGGUUCUUUGACUUGAAGGUCCUCUACCCCCUUCUCAAUGAUCCAUCCCUGAAUCUCAAAAUUAUUCACUUGGUGCGUGACCCCAGGGCAGUCGUCAAGUCACGGGAACAGUCGGUCAAAGCGUUAGCCCGUGACAAUGGAAUUGUUCUGAGUACCAAUGGCACGAAAGUGGAAGACAGCAAGUACAAAGUCAUGCAGGAGAUUUGCAGAAGUCAUGUUCAGAUUUAUGAAACGGCUACUCUAAAACCACCUAAUUUCCUUAAAGACCGCUAUUUAAUGAUCCGUUUUGAAGAUCUGGUCAGAGAUCCAUUGUCAGAAAUCUCAGAAAUGUAUAAGUUUGCAGAUCUUACUUUGACCCCCACGCUCAAAAACUGGAUCUAUAAUAUCACACAUGGACAGGGACCAGGAAAGAAAAAAGAAGCCUUCAAAAUCACAUCUCGAGAUGCAGUUAAUGUUUCACAGGCCUGGAGAAAUGUUCUUUCCUUCCAGAAAAUUAAGAAAAUACAGGAGGUUUGCAAAGGUGCUAUAAACAUGCUUGGCUAUCAGCUGGUGGAUUCAGAAAAAGAACAAAGAGAUCUGUCGUUUGAUUUAGUGUUGCCAAGACGACAAAAUCAAUUCAGUUGGUCGUCGUUUAAUCCAAAGCACUGA